UCUCCGUCUCUCUUUCGUUGUAUGUUCCUUGGGAGUGGGAGGAAAGGUCUCACUUGUCCCAUGAACGAAAAAAGAACGAGAUUCCAGCCAAGGCCAUUGUUCCGAGAGGCUCCAGAACAGGAAUGGCAACCACCAAUCUGUUUUACAUGUGCACCUUCUCUUUGGGCAACUUCACCUAUUUGUACAGAUGUCGGAUUUUGGACCAAUACUGCUGUGGACAUACAUGCUGCUUCAAGCAACCGCCCUCGGAUACGUUUGAGAUAUUUUCUUCGUGGUACUUUUGGAGUCUCAUACUGGUGGUGCUCAUCGUAUUUGGUUGCAUUGUCGUGAGUUUCGCUCUCACGAGCCUCAAGCAGAAGCACGACAUUCAGAGUUGGAGUCUGAUUGCGGGCAGUGCCUUCAGCAAUUUGGCCACUACCGUGACUGGAGCCCAAGGGAUCAUCAAACCCCAACUCCAUUACCGGAGGAAGACCAGGAAAGUGUCCAAUCAUCAAGAGCCGCCAAACGCCAGGCUAAGGAGAUCCAGCGAGAUGCCUUCCAUUUCAAGCAGUGUGGUGGAUACACAACAAUCCAACUUCCUGUCCUCAAGGAAUGCCCAUGCAGAUCCCGAGAAGCCUCAUGAAUGGGUUGAGAUUCAGCUCACGCCUCUGAGCCCUCCUUACAAGAGCAAUUGGACGGGGAAUUCGAGUGAAAUUCGAUUGGCGGCAUCGACGCAAGUGCUCUUUCCUCCAGGAUUCAUUAACUCCUAA